ACGAGUCACAGCAAAAUAUUAGGAAUAUUUCCCUUUGUUCGAGAAUUAAGCGACAAAUAAGAGAGAAACAGGUCUAACUGGCUGUAUGUGAGAGGACAAGAAGUGGACAAUGUUUAUUAGUGCACCAGGAACUUUCUGACACAAAAGAAAGUCCAUCAUUUUUUUUUCUGCAAACCUUCACACACACUCUGCAGUCAUGCAGAUGGAUCCAGUGCUGGUUGAAUCUGCGGUGGUGUUCGCCAUGGUGGUUUCCGUACACAUGGCCGUGUGGAAUCAGCUGUCCUGGUGCUGCAUGGCAUUGGCCGUCCAGGCUUUUUAUGUGCAGCACAAAUGGGAUCGUCUGAUUCGCUCUGGUGCCGCCGUCUUCCAGUUUCGUCCUUCAGCCAACAGCGGCGUCCUGCCAGCCAGUAUGGUGCUGCCACUACUGGGACUCACCCUACGAGGCCGCUGCCUCGCUGUGGGAAACGUCUACAUGGAGCGAUUCGCAAUGGUCAUCACAGUAAUCGGAAUGAUGUUGGCUCUAUUCCUCUCGCUCAUCGCAUUGGGAAUCACGCGGCCGGUGCCAACAAACACUUGUGUUAUCGCCGGAAUUGCUAGUAGUGCUAUUCUGUACACCGUGAAGCAAACACUAACAGUGUCUGAGGUCAUCGAAGUCUUGGAGGUGCUUCUGAUUUUUGUGUAUCUAAGUUUAAUCCUGCUGUACCUCCUUCCACGUUGCUUCACCCCCGGCGAAGCCCUUCUGAUCCUUGGCGGGAUUAGUUUUAUCAUCAACCAGCUAAUUAAGCGCUCUCUGGCUUCGUCUGGAAAUGCAAACUCAGACCCGCUUCCGUAUUUCCUCCCGGUAGCUGUUUUAGGGUUAGUGCUGUUGGGAAUAUUCUUCGCCGUGCUUUUUAUAUUCAUGGAAUCUGAAACCUGGUCAGCGUCGCUCUUCUUCCAUACCAUGACUGCGGUUUUGGGAUUGGGGUUAUUGGUUCCUUGGCUAUCUCUACUCACGCAGCACCAUCCAAUCACUUGGUUGAUGCAUUUCAUCACUGAAUCAAACACUCGACUUUGGCUCAUUGGGUUUUGGGCCGCUUUGGCGCUUCUAGCAGUUGCCGUUGUGAUGCAUCAAAAUAGUCAUCGAUCUGCAGGCAGCAAGAAGCAUCAAGCAUCAACGACAGUGCGGAAGUAUUUCCACCUGCUCACCGUUUUAACCUUCGCUCCCGGACUCGCUCUGGAUCGUCCUUUGCUGCAUUUGUCUGCGGUUGUUUGCCUCUCUGCAUUUUUGUUUCUCGAAUAUGUCCGCUAUUUUCGCAUUCGACCAUUCGGGGCUCCGCUUCGACGUCUUCUCACCUUAUUCCUUGAUGAGAGAGAUUCAGGACCACUUAUUCUCACUCAUAUUUAUCUUCUUCUUGGCGUUUCUCUUCCACUGUGGUUGACACCUGGGAUGUGCACCCCAAAAGGAGGCCUAGGGGGCGCUAGUGGGCUAGUACCCUAUGCUGGAGUCCUUGCUGUAGGGGUCGGGGACACAGUGGCAUCCGUUUUCGGCAGCAACGUGGGUGAAAUCCGCUGGCCUGGGACUAAGAAGACAUUUGAGGGCACGGCGUCCUCUGUGUUCGCUCAGAUUAUCGCUGUGGUGGUUUUCCUCAUCGCCGACAGCAGUAUUAACCUGAACGCCAGCUACUCGUGGGUGGUGGGAUCCAUCUCUAUGGUGGCCAUGUUGGAGGCCUAUACGUCGCAGAUUGACAACCUUCUGCUUCCUCUGUAUCUCUACAUCCUCCUGCUGCUAUGAGGUCAAAACCACACUCAUGCCAAUGCACAGACAUAUUAAAUUCAUAAACUACG